AUGUCUGCCGAGGACGCUAUUGAAAACAUUAUUGGUCGGUUCGGACUAUACCAAACAUGGAUAUUAUUUUUAAUUACAAUUGGACGUUAUCCUAAUGAAUUUCAGUUGACAAAUGUUGUUUUUAUAUUACCAAGUGUUAACUAUGUGUGUUUAGAUGAACAAGCCUUAAAUUAUACAAAUUGUUGUCCAUGUGAGAAUCCUGAAUAUGACACAAGCACUAUCGUCGACUCCGUUACUAGUAGUUGGCAUCUCAUUUGCAGCAGGACACAAUUGGCCAGCCUAGCGCAAUCGAUGCUACAGCUAGGAAUCCUAGUGGGUAGCUUAAUUUACGGAUAUUUAUCUGACCGGUACGGUCGUAAAAUAGCAACGUUAACAGGAAUGAUCACCAAUGUUAUUUUCAUAAUCCUCUCUGCAAUGGUCCCAGCAUUUUGGAUGUUUCUCAUUUGUCGAUUUUUGAUCGGUACAGCCGUUGGAGGCACGAUGCUUUGUUGCUACAUACUUAUGGUUGAGUUAAGUGGUAAAUCAUUUAGACCAUACUUGCCGGCAGUGACAGAAAUAGCCUAUGUAACGGCCUACAUAAUACUUCCAAUUAUAGCAUAUUAUGUAAGACAGUGGCGAUAUUUACAAUUAGUCACAUCUGUUCCUUGGGUAUUUGUUAUAAUGUACCAAUGGUUACUCCCGGAAUCACCGCGUUGGUUGAUAACUAUGGGAAGGAAAAAAGAAGCUGUAGAUAUUCUGACCAAAAUUGCAAAAUGGAAUAAUAAAAAGACUAGCAACAUUGCGGCGCUAGUCGAUAAAUUGGAAGAAGAAUCAAAGCACGAUAAACAAAAAUCUGGAUCCUAUUUAGACUUAUUCAAGACGCCAAAAAUAAGAAUCUAUACCUUCAUAUUUGCAUUCGUCUGGUUUUGCUGUGCAAAUACCUUUUUUGGUAUUAACCAAUAUAUUGGGCGCCUUGGAGGAAACUUUUUUCUUAAUAUAAUACUUUCGGGACUUUUCCAUGUACCUGGAAUGAUAUUUAAUGUACUUGCUUCUUUAUAUCUCAAGAGAAAAGUGGGUGUAAUAUUAAGUUUUGUUGUAGCAUCACUUUCGUUAAUUCUGUUCAUUUUUAUACCAAGCGGUUCAGAUUACUUAUCUCUAAUGUUUGCUAUAGUGAGUCAAAUAGGUGCAUAUAUGGCAUUUGUACAAAUCUAUUUAUAUACAUCAGAAGUAUUUCCAACUAUUAUCAGAAAUUCCGCAUUAGGUUUUGCAUCAAUGAGUGCUAGAGUUGGAGGUUUUGCUGCUCCAUUUAUUGUAAACAUUGGAAUUGAGUGGGUUUCAAUUAUAAUAUUUAGUUUUGUAGCUUUAAGUGCUGCAUUUCUAUGCAUCUUUUUACCAAACACUAAUGACACAACAUUGUUAAAUACAAUUCAACAAAUUGAAAAAUCACAAGUACAUGUUAAAAAAAGAACUGAGAGUAUAGAAUAA